UUUCCUCCUCCACCAUUAUCUGAUUCUCAAAAGGCUACUGUUAUUAGAAACUGGUGCAAUGCAAGUCAUGCUGCUAAUUUUGAGGAAGCAGGUUGUGCUGUGUGUGGCCAACUCACCCUUCGGACAGAACUUUCUCCUCUAAAGCAUAUUAAGAAUUAUUUGCAUAUUCUGGAAGCUGAUGGUGUUACCCGCACAUCCCGGUUGAACAUUGUUGAUCCUGUUCAGGAAGUUAAAGGCCCUGUUCUAGACUUAUCUGCUGGUGAUAAUGUAUGUAAUUCAUGUCACUUUUCUCUGCGCAUUGGUAAAAUUCCAAAAUUUGCAUUAUGCAAUGGUCUUUGGUUAGGAGAAGUACCUGAUGUACUCAAGGACUUAACAUUUUAUGAAAAGAUGCUGAUAUCAAGAGUUUGUUAUACAAAAUGUUUUGUGCGUGUUCAAAAAGGUGGAGGUAUUCAUUCGAAAAUGGUUUCAAAUGUUAUAGCUUUUGAAAAUCCUACAGCUUUAAUCUAUGACAUCCUACCUCCUCCUAAAAAAGAUAUUGAGGAAGUAUUGGCUAUCAUGUUCUCAGGUUCCACAAAACCCACUCAAGAUGAUUAUACUCGCGCACUUUUACUUGUGAGACGCAAUGUUGUGGCUGAUGCACUGCACCAUCUAAUACUCAAUCAUUGUGACUAUAUGGAUGUGAACUUUUCAUCUGCCAACCUUGAAAGUUACGCAGAAGAUGCUCCAGUUGUUGCUGUUGAGUAUUUUCAAAAAGGCUCCAAUCGCAAUGCUGAAGGCGUGAGCAUUCAUGACAAUUUUGAAGAUGAUGGGAAUGAGUGUGGUGACUGCGUUUUUACUAUGAUUGGUAUAGCUGCCUUGCACCUUGACAAUGAAGGUAAAUUUUUGCGCACCUCUCAUGCUGAUACUCCAGAAAGUCUGUGGCAAAAUCCUCAACUGUAUCCUAAAAUGUUUCCCUGGCUAUUUCCCUUUGGGCUUGGUGGUUUGGGCAGUGCUAAAAUUACUUUGAAAUCAUUUUCUGAAUCUUCUCAUAUCAAAUUUUUACUCCUAUAUCAUGACAAGAGAUUCCAACUUGAUCAUAGCUUUCCAUUUGUGGCCUUUAGUCAUCAACAAGUUAAAGCCAGUACUUCACAAUCAUUCCUCCUUGCU